AAAGGAAGGAGCGGGGAGGGGAAAUGAAAAGAAACUGGUUCCAGUGCGCAUGUGUGCGGAUGUGCUUUGGCACUCCAGGUAAAGAUGGCGGAGCGCGGUUACAGCUUUUCGCUGACUACGUUCAGCCCAUCUGGUAAACUUGUCCAGAUUGAAUAUGCCUUGGCUGCUGUAGCUGGAGGAGCCCCUUCAGUAGGAAUUAAAGCUGCAAAUGGUGUGGUAUUAGCAACUGAGAAGAAACAGAAAUCCAUUCUGUAUGAUGAGCGAAGUGUACACAAAGUGGAACCAAUUACCAAGCAUAUAGGCCUGGUGUAUAGUGGCAUGGGCCCAGAUUACAGAGUGCUGGUGCACAGAGCCCGGAAACUAGCUCAGCAAUACUAUCUCGUUUACCAAGAACCCAUCCCCACAGCUCAGCUGGUGCAGAGAGUCGCUUCAGUGAUGCAAGAAUACACUCAGUCAGGUGGCGUUCGUCCAUUUGGAGUUUCCCUACUAAUUUGUGGUUGGAAUGAGGGGCGACCAUAUUUAUUUCAGUCCGAUCCGUCUGGAGCUUACUUUGCCUGGAAAGCCACAGCAAUGGGAAAGAACUAUGUGAAUGGGAAGACUUUUCUCGAGAAAAGAUACAAUGAAGACCUGGAACUUGAAGAUGCUAUUCAUACAGCCAUACUAACCCUAAAGGAAAGCUUUGAAGGACAGAUGACAGAAGACAACAUAGAGGUUGGAAUCUGCAAUGAAGCCGGAUUCAGGAGGCUCACUCCGACUGAAGUUAAGGAUUACUUGGCAGCCAUAGCAUAAUAACUGAGUGACUGAAAAAUCUGGAAUCUCAGAUAAUCCCUCUACUCAAACAUGUUUAAAGUAUGUUUUGUUUUGCAGACUUUUUGCAUACUUAUUUCUACAUGGUUUAAUGGACUGAUGUUUUUAAAAUGACACUUAUAAAUCAUAAUAAACUGUUAAAUCCAACUUCUAGCUUUUUAGGAGUUAGUGAAAUUUUAAAAUAGUUAUUUCCUGCUUUUUAUCACAGUUGACUUCUGGAAACUACACUGCAAAGCAGAAUGGUGAAAUCACUCAUUAGUCUUCAUGCAGUUUUGGUUCAUUCAAACCUUGUUACACUCUCUGCUAUCAGAUGUUGUCUGUGUGUGUCAGUAAAGCAAAAUGCUGAUUUUGGUAAACAUCACUGCAUUCAGAGCUGGGAGAAUCUGCAGGCUUUCAUGGAUUUGUGAGAUGAUAGGAAGUACAGGUGUUUUGUGGGCACCGUUAGGUGUACAUCAGUGAAACCCGAGGACACUGAGGUUGCACUGUGGCUGUGAAGGGUGCUAGGCCGAAGAAUGUCCUAUAGGAAAUCUGUGAUGCAAAUAAAUAAAAAGUGGUGGACUCGUUCCUGUUGGUUUCUCCAUCACAAGUAGGUAAAUGUAUUUAAAGGAGUCCCUUAGAUUCUCCUAGACGUUUUAAACUCAAGGAUGAACAUAAGUGCUAGAAAUAAAAUACUUAAUACUUAAACAUCAAUGCUAUGGCUUAAGGGUCUCCCUCAUUCAUGUAAUCUCAACCUUGGCUGUCAAUUAAGACUUAUAUAAGUAGGCAAAUAAUGUGACCUCUGUUUUCAUUAUACAAGAAGACAUACUGCUUAAUUUUGUUUGUUUUUAAGACAUUUUUAGGAUAAGAGAAAUCAUUAGUGUGGCCCAUAGAACAGAGUUUAUGAAUAUCAUUUUUUUUAAUAUUUUAUUUAUUUAUUUGAGAGAGAAAAUAUAAGUGGGGUGAAGAGCAGAGGGAGAAGCUGGGCUUGAUCCUGGGACCCCUGGACCAUGACCUGAGCCAAAGGCAGACACCCAACUGACGGAGCCACCCAGGCACCGCUAAAUAUCAUCGUUUCUUACUAACAGACGUAAUAGGCAGUUCCAUGAUUCAAAUGUGGCUCAAAAGUUUUUUAAGAUUUAGCUGAGUGUAGCAGAACAGAGUCUUACCUUGAAGUGUUUUGGUCCGGAUUCCCAGUUCUGCUCCCCACCAUCAUGAUAGCUCUGUAUCUUCGUGUAGGUGGCAGUAGCCACCUACUGGGAUGGGAGGUGGCAGCUUGAUCUCUGAUGUCAGCAUGUUUGUUUUGAAAAUCGUAUCUAAUCUCUUGGUCUAUUGAAACUCCAGCAGCACCCUAGAAAGAGAACAUAGUAGUAGAAAGGAAUGGUUUUUGGGUCAGGUCUUAACUCUUUUACUUACUGGCUCAGAGGGUUUUCUGAGGACAGAAUUUGAUGAUGCAGAUGAAAGGUCUGCAGGGCUCAUGCUCAAGUAUUCUGUAAGGUUUAGCUGCCUUUGGAUUUGUUCAGGCCCUCUCUAACGUCCAAUGUUCAAAAACCAGAGGAAUUUCAAAAUUCUACAAGUCAAAGAAUGGAAAGUAAAGGCAGGCAUGUUAAGGAGAAAAGUGUUAAUUCCUACUGAAGGCUCACAGAGUAAGUCCACAGAAUAAAAGGAGGAAAAA